AUGCAUCUCCUGCGCAUCGUCAUCGCCCUCGCCACCCUAUUGGCACCCGUUGCCAUGGCUGCUCUUAGACUCCGCGACACCAUCCACACCGAAAACCUUCGCAUCUACGACAGUUUCAUGUCCCAGAUACACCUCCCCAUGGUCUAUCACGCGUACUUGAAGAACAACAGAGUCCAUAUUGACGUCUAUGACCACGAGGGUGGCAAGAUAGUGAACUACGCGACCUACAAGUCCAGCACCAGGGCCGCGGCCUUUUUCCAAUACGUGUCGGAGCAGCCCCCGUGGAAGGCGGCGCACCUGGCCUCAUCCUGA